CCUCGCCGCUCAGCCGCUCGCUGUCAACGCCGCCGGUGGACGCCGCUCGUCCCCUCGGUGGAGGCCGCUCGCCCAGCUGCCGUCGACGCCGCUCGCCCAGUCACCCCCGACGGCCCUCGCCGAGCCUCUCGCCCAGCCGCUUGCAAGCUUGCAGAGUACCGUCAUUUGUGCUCUCCCACAAAGGAAUGCACAACAAUUACAAAGGAAAGGUGUAACCCAGCAAGCCGACUUAGUCUGGAAAGACCUAGGAUUGCUGCCCACUGAUUACAUGUACAGCAUGAGAUGUGGUCGAGAUGGGAACUUCUCUAAAUGUGAAUUAGGCGUUUCAGGAACAUUCAACUCGGCUUUAACUCUCUUUUAUUCACCUCUCUCCGUCAGUCAGACGAAGCUCUCUGUAGAUGACUGGUCAUUCACUGACCAUUCAACACCCACAAUGUGGCAGCGCCAUUCACCAACGGAGUUUGCCUUCCAAAAUUUGGACUUUUCCUUUUCUUGAAAAAAGAACCAUUCUAUUUGGCCUUGAACUCUUGAGGCUUUUGCUUUAUUUAUGAUCAGCUUGUGCUAUUGGGAUCAGAAUACUGAAAUGGUUCGUAGAGUCAAAACCCAAAAGCAAUUUACACCAAAAUACUUCUGGGGCUGUAUUUCCUUCCCUACAUUCUCAGUUAAUAAUUAGUUCUCACAUUGAGAAGCUCGGAGGGUUAUUGGUUUUGCACCAGCUGAUGAAAGUUCCAUUCGUCUGUGCAAAUACAGUAGAAAGCACAGCCAAACAACUCUAUAGGCUCAACACUUUGCUCGCGAAGCUAACUCGCUCAAACCUCUACACAGAAUGUCUCCAACUGUUUGUCCAAAUCCGUGGGAGUUGUCACUUGAAGCCGGACCCCUACACUCUCUCCAGCACCAUCACUGCUUGUGCCAAUGCUCGCAACGCAGUGUUUGGCGAGCAGCUUCACGCCCAUGCUAUUCGGGCCGGCUUCAAAGCUUACCCACAUGUCGCCAACACCCUUCUUUUGCUCUAUGCAAAAGUGGAAGAUGUGGGUUCAGUGAAAAAGUUGUUUGGGGAAAUUGAGAACCCAGAUGUGUACUCAUGGACAACAGUGAUGUCGGCUUGUAUGAAGCUAGGGGAAGUUGACUAUGCCUGUGAGGCGUUUGAUGAAAUGCCUGACAGGAAUGUGGCAGUUUGGAAUGCCGUUAUUACUGGGUGUGCAGAUAAUGGGCAUGAAGAGAUUGCCUUUGCCAAGUUCAGGGAAAUGCAUGAGCUGGGUGUCAAGCAUGAUAAUUAUAGUUUCGCUUGUGUGCUGAGUUUGUGUUCUUUGGAGCUGCUUGAGUUUGGGAGGCAGGUGCAUUGUUUAGUUACUAAGACGGGAUUUCUGAUCAAGCCCUCAGUCGUAAAUUCCCUGCUUACAAUGUACUUCAACAGUGAAUGUGUUGGUGAUGCUUACAAAGUCUUUGAUGAUGCUGAAGUGCGUGAUGAAAUCACCAUUAAUGCAAUGAUAGAUGGUCUUGUGGGAAUAAGUAGAGACGAGGAGGCUCUUUUGAUGUUCAGGGAAAUGCAAAGGUCUGGGCUUAGUCCUACUAAGCUCACCUUUGUAAGUCUCAUGAGUUCAUGUUCAUUCGAGAGAAAUGCUGCUCAACUACAUGUUCAAGCUAUCAAAAGAGGUCUUGAAUCUUGUACUGCAGUUAUUAAUGCUGCAAUUACCAUGUAUUCUUGCUGUGGCAUAUUGGAGGCAGCCAAGACGGUUUUUAAUAGAUUUGACAAGAAGGAUCUUGUGUCUUGGAAUGCCAUGAUCUCCAGCUAUGCUCAAUUAAAUUCGGGUACAUCAGUGAUUUUGACCUUCCUACAAAUGCAAAGGCUUGGUUUCGAACCUGAUGAAUUUACCUUUGGAAGUUUGUUAACUAGCUCUGAGUCAACAGAAAUAGUGGAGAUGAUUCAUGCCCUUUUAUACCAAAAGGGGCUCCUCUUGAAUAUUCAGGUUUCUAAUGCAUUAACAUUGGCAUAUUCUAAACAUGGAAAGAUGAUGCAUGCCCACCAAGUGUUUCGAGACAUAUCUUUAAAAAAUCUGAUCUCAUGGAAUACCCUACUUUCUGGUUUGCUGUCAAAUGGUUUUCCAGUACAAGGCUUACGAUGCUUAACUGAGAUGUUUAUUUAUGAUCUUAAGCCAAAUGCAUAUACUCUCAGUAUUGCUCUAGCCAUGUGCGCUACCCUCUGUUCCUUGGGACAUGCUAAACAGAUUCAUUGCUACAUCAUCAGAAAUGCAUCUCUCUCAGAGGCUUCUUUGAGUAAUGGACUGAUUACAGUUUAUUCAAAAUGCGGAGUUCUGGACUCUUGCUUGAGAGUGUUUAAUAAGAUGCCUGAGAGAGACACGGUAUCAUGGAAUGCCCUUAUCUCUGCUUUUGCUCAGCAUGGGAAAGGGAAGGAAGCAGUGAAUUGUUUUGAGGCCAUGCGAAAUGAGUCCAAGUGUAAACCAGAUCUAGCCACUUUUACAGCAUUAUUAUCUGCUUGCAGUCAUUCUGGUCUGGUUAAUGAUGGUGCUCGCAUAUUUGACUUAAUGUUAAAUACGUUUGGCCUUAAACCUCAAGAGGACCAGUUCUCAUGUAUGCUUGACCUUCUUGGUCGAGCUGGACAUCUCGAUGAGGCUGAAACAGUAAUAAAUAGUCGGCACUUUCAAGCAAAUUCUGGCUCAUUAUGGACGUUGUUCAGUGCUUGUGCAUCUCAUAACAAUUUAAGGCUUGGAAGAGUUGUUGCUGAGUUGAUUCUAAAAAACGAGCCAGACAAUCCAUCGGUUUAUGUGCUUUUGUCAAAUAUUUAUGCAACUGCAGGUCAAUGGGAUGAGGCAGCAAAUGUGAGGAAGAUGUUGAAGAGCUAUGGGGUUACAAAGCAACGUGGUUGCAGCUGGAUCAGAUUUUAAUCCAUUUGAACAGUAGAUAUACAUUAUUCUGGUAUUGGAAGCAUUAAAGACUUGAA